UGCCAACAAUUUCGUCAAAUACACUGAAAACAGUGAAGAUGAAAUGUCGGGUAAUCUUGAAAUGGUUCUCCAGAAAACUCCAGAUUAUGUAUCCCCGUCAAGGAUAAUAACUAACGACCAAUUUUUAACAAAUCAAAACAACUAUGAAUACCUUAUCCUAAAUCAAGACAGUAGCAAUAUAUAUAAUGGGAUAUAUUUUGACCAUUCUGAUCCAGCAAACAGUCCACAAUUUGUGGUCAGCACAUCAGGUUCACCAUACACAGCAAACACACCCCCAAUGACAUUCAGUAAUAUUGAACAACGUGAUGAGUUUUAUGUCAUUUUAAAUAUUUACGACCACUGCCAAUUUGAAGCAACAAGCCAAAUUGAAAAUUCAGGACCAUGCCCAGUUCCAGCCAUUCCAAUUGUAAACACCACUAUGACAUAUGUUAGCACACAGUUAGGAGCCAAUAUUAAUCUUGAUUGUUCGUUCGACUCAAUGGUCGAUGUAAGUGUGGUAAAAUGGGCAUUUACUGACAGAAAUAAUGUAUACAGAGAAGUUAAUGAAACAACAAACUCAUCUAAAUACGGUGGCUCGACUAUUAGCACACCAUCUCUUACAGUGAAAAGCUUUUCACAGUCUGAUGAAGGCUUAUACAGAUGUAUUGUGGAGAAUUUCAUGGGACCUGGAACAAGCCAUGCAAUUAAUGCCAGUGUAGCACCUUAUGUAGAACCAAUGUGCCCAUGCAAUUGUGAUUAUAAAGAUAAACUGGAUUAUUGGGCAGCUCAGAAUCAAACCAACCACACUAUGGAGGAAUGGCGGGAGAUUUUAGCACCAGUUCUUGAAAAACUCGAAAAGGAACUUAAAGUUGAUACGAGUAAUUUAUCAUCUACAGUCAAUAAAUUGAUAAGCGCAAAAGAUUCCAGACCAUCUUCACAGAAAUUGGGAAUGUUAGGGAUUGUUUUUUUAAGUUUGAUCGUUGGUGGCAUUAUUCUUGUUGAUAUCACAUCGCUCCCACGACAUUGUAAAACCGCAAAGAGCAUUUGCACAGGUGGAAGUUAAGAUUUGAGACUAACUGAUAUAUUUUAAAGCGAAUUAACAAAAGGAUUUCGAAUGUUAAAGUCAUAAUGAGACCAUAUAUCAACAUAAUACAAUGUCAAUGACAUCUCCUGGUCAACAUAUUGUUUUCGCUGAUAUCUAAGUUUCAUUUUAUUUAAAAAAAUAUUUUUUUAACAAGUUCUACCAUCGAUGUAUGUCCGUUAGAAAAUCAUAUUACCUUUUUUUCACAGUUAAUUUCAGAUAAUUUCAGAUAAGGAGUUGAAGUCCCAGAAAUAAACUGCUUACACAAUGGGUUAUAAGUAUGUCCUUGCAACUGUUCCUCUAAAAUUUAAAAUAUUAAAAAUCAAUUUAUUCUAAAUUUACCAUGUUUUUUCUCUCGAUUAGACACCAGUCCGUUGUUGAACAUAGCAUGUUUGUAUUUCGAUGUAUUGUGUAGUUUUUCUCAUUUACUUUUACCCUUAAUCAAAUAUUAAAAUGGACUUUGUGAGUAUAGCUAUUCAAUGUAUAAAAGAGGGACGAAAGAUACCAGAGGGACAGUUAUACUCAUAAAUCGAAAACAAAAACAAACAACGCAAUGGCUAAAAAUGAAAAAUACAAACAGACAAACAAUAGUACACACAACACAACAUAGAAAACUAAAACAUAAUCAACACGAACCCAACCAAAAACUAACUAAAGGGUGAUCUCAGGAUGCUCCGGAAGGGUAAGCAGAUCC